UGCGAACGGCGGAGCUGGGAACGCUGCCUCCGCCUCUCCCUCUACUGGAGUGUACUGUCGCAAGGUUGGGGUAGAAAGCUCUGGGUUUGCGACCGUAGCUCUCGCUUUCCGGCCAACACAGAGACAGACGUGCCUGAAGGCCGGUUGAGGUGGUGAGGCCCGAGGCAGGAGGUAUCACCUUUCUGGGUGGAACUGAGGUGUGGGGAGUGCUGACUCAGGCUGUGAGAACCAGGCGGUGGGGACAGAGAACUGGCCUCCUGUGGCCUCCUGUUGCCUCCUGGGCUGUGAGGUGCGGCCGAUGGCUUCCAGAAUUUCUGAGCAAUCCUGGUCAGUACAAGAUGGACCCUGUAGUCUUGAGUUACAUGGACAGUCUACUGCGGCAAUCAGAUGUCUCACUAUUGGAUCCUCCAAGCUGGCUCAAUGACCGUAUUAUUGGGUUUGCCUUUGAGUACUUUGCCAAUAGUCAGUUUCAUGACUGCUCUGACCAAGUCUGCUUCAUCAGUCCUGAAGUCACCCAGUUCAUCAAGUGCACUAGCAACCCAGCAGAGAUUGCCAUGUUCCUUGAACCCCUGGACAUCCCCCACAAGAGAGUUGUAUUUUUAGCCAUCAAUGAUAAUUCCAACCAGGCAGCUGGGGGAACCCAUUGGAGUUUGCUGGUUUAUCUCCAAGAUAAAAAUAGCUUUUUUCAUUAUGACUCCCAUAGCAGAAGCAACUCAGUUCAUGCAAAGCAGGUAGCAGAAAAAUUGGAGGCUUUUUUAGGCAGAAAAGGAGACAAACUAGUGUUUGUGGAAGAGAAAGCCCCUGCUCAACAAAACAGCUAUGACUGUGGGAUGUACGUGAUAUGUAACACUGAGGCCUUGUGUCAGAACUUUUUUAGACAACAGCCAGAAUCACUAUUGCAGCUACUCACUCCUAUAUACAUCACAAGGAAGAGGGGAGAAUGGAAAGAUCUCAUUGCCAGACUUGCUAAAAAUUAGAUACUGUAUAUUUGUGACUUUUGAAGUCUCAUUCUGCCUGUCCCCAUUUGUUGGAUGGCUGCAGUCUCAGUGCCUGAGGGAAGAUGCCGGAUAGAGGCAAGCUUAGGAUUUUUACUUUUUCCUGAAAAAAUGUCAUCCUCUACAUUAUCCUAAUGGAAAGUUUCAUUUUAACCGUACCUUGCAAAGACAAUGUUCUAUGAAAAUGUCUUGAAGUUAUGCUCCAAAACCUUAAAACCAAGCUAUUGUAACAUUUAUUAAUUACCUUUUGGUCUCCAUUAGCCACAUUGGCUUAUUCCAAAGGAAAAGCAGUGAUCUGUAAAACAAAUUAAGGAUAUGUGAAAUCUAGAGGAAUGCAAGAAGAAAACAAUAAAAGAAUCAAAAACUUAUUGCAUAGUCCACUGGCUGGAAGCAGAUCAAGAUCUAAAUAUGAGAAUCAAUUAUUCACUUCUGUGCUAUCUCUUCCAUUCACCAUGCAAAGCUUUCCUGGCUAUCAGCAUACCUUUGCAAAGAUUUUGUUAGCCCAUCUUUCCCCAUCUGAUUCCUGGAUGCUUUAUGAAAGGGGGAAUCAAGUAACUUUAUUAAAUUAAAUGGCUCUGAUAGACCA